GGGGGGGGAAGGCAGCAGAGGUUGGGGGGUGUGCCCCGCCCCUUGGCAAGCCCCUACAGCCAAUGGAACGGCCUUGGAAGAGACCCGGGCCGCCUCCGGAGCUUCAAAAACGUGUGAGGAGGGAAGAGGGUGCAGACGGAACUUCAGCUGCUGCCUUGGUCCUCAGCUUCAGUACCGCCACUACCCCCCCGCCAGAGCCCACCGGCCAGCAUGUCCUCUGCUCACUUCAACCGAGGCCCUGCCUAUGGGCUGUCAGCCGAGGUUAAGAACAAGCUGGCCCAGAAGUACGACCACCAGCGGGAGCAGGAGCUGAGAGAGUGGAUCGAGGGGGUGACAGGCCGUCGCAUCGGCAACAACUUCAUGGACGGCCUCAAAGACGGCAUCAUUCUUUGCGAAUUCAUCAAUAAGCUGCAGCCAGGGUCUGUGAAGAAGAUCAAUGAGUCAACCCAAAAUUGGCACCAGCUGGAGAACAUCGGCAACUUCAUCAAGGCCAUCACCAAGUAUGGGGUGAAGCCCCACGACAUCUUUGAGGCCAACGACCUGUUUGAGAACACCAACCAUACACAGGUGCAGUCCACCCUUCUGGCCUUGGCCAGCAUGGCCAAGACGAAAGGAAACAAGGUGAAUGUGGGGGUGAAGUACGCAGAGAAGCAGGAGCGGAAAUUCGAGCCGGAGAAGCUAAGAGAAGGGCGGAACAUCAUCGGGUUGCAGAUGGGCACCAACAAGUUUGCCAGCCAGCAGGGCAUGACGGCCUACGGCACCCGGCGCCACCUCUACGACCCCAAGCUGGGCACAGACCAGCCUCUGGACCAGGCGACCAUCAGCCUGCAGAUGGGCACCAACAAAGGAGCCAGCCAGGCUGGCAUGACCGCGCCAGGGACCAAGCGGCAGAUCUUCGAGCCGGGGCUGGGCAUGGAGCACUGCGACACGCUCAAUGUCAGCCUGCAGAUGGGCAGCAACAAGGGCGCCUCGCAGCGGGGCAUGACGGUGUAUGGGCUGCCACGCCAGGUCUAUGACCCCAAGUACUGUCUGACGCCCGAGUACCCGGAGCUGGGCGAGCCCGCCCACAACCACCACGCACAUAACUACUACAAUUCCGCCUAGGGCCACGAGGCCUUCCCUGUUUUCCCCCCAAGGGAGGCUGCUGCUGCUCUUGGCUGGAUCCAGCCAGAUCCAGCCGACCCCCUCUCCCUGCAUGGCAUCCUCCAGCCCCUGUAGAACUCAACCUCGACAGGGUUAGAGUUUGGAGAGAGCAGACUGGGAGACUGGGGGGCCCACUAGGGGGAAGGGGACCCUCCGGUCUCUAGUGCUACAGGGUCCAACAUAGAGCCGGGUGUCCCCAACAGCGCCCAAAGGACGCACUGAGCAAAGCUAUUCUAGCUGUCCCCCCACUCCCUCACAAGUGGGUACCCCCAGGACCAGAAGCUCCCCCAGCAAAGCCCCCAGAGCCCAGGCUCGGCCUGCCCCCACCCAUCCCCGUAGUGGGAGCAAACUGCAUGCCCAGAGACCCAGCGGACACACGCAGUUUGGUUUGCAGCGACUGGCGUACUGUGUGGAUGUGACAGCAGCGUUUGUAACGCGAGCACUUUCUUUUUUUUUUCUAUUUCACUGGAGCACAAUAAAGGCUGUAAAAUCUC